AUGAGCAUGGCAGUGCUGCGCGCUCGUUUCAUGCUUACUAGUGGUCACAUGCUAGCCACGUGCUUGGUUGGGAUGCAAGCCUCUAGUAUCUUGACGUAUCUAUCUUUCACCCUGGCAUUUGGUAGCCUCAUUGCAGGCCUUGAUAUCCUCUCUCCUCUGAAAAAUGCUGUUUUUAUCGUUUGUCACGUCUUUGGAGGCGUAUCGGUGUGUCAAGUCAUUUUACACGACCUCGACCCUGCCCAAUAUAUGUGGUGCAUAGUGCUGCUGAUUCAUUUGCCGAUUUCGAUGUGCACGCUGGAUACUAUCACACGUCUUAUUUUUCUCAAAACUGCGCGGUACUGA